CAGUGUGCGUGUGUGUGUGUGUGUGCAGCAGUGCACAGGAAGAAUGUGUAAUUGUUACGAAAAGUCAAAUGUAAGCGGAAUUAAAGUGUCAAUCAGUUUAUGAAAGUGCAAUUGUGCACCCAGGCACCGAGCAAAAAGUUUAGGAGAGAAUAGACGUUAAAAGCGGAAUCGCACAAAAACAAGCCAGCUUUUGCAUACACAUUUAAUCGCCUUAUAAACGUGAGACUGAGUCACAGAAUCCGAGGGGAGUUACCUUCAGCAGCACACCCGUAUCCCCGCCAGCUGCCAACAUGGGCAAGCGUCUCCAGCUGGAGCGCCCAACCACGGAGCGCAAUGCUCGCAAGCGAAAGCGUUCGGCGGUCAAGGCCGCCGAGAAGUGCCAACGCUUGAGCGGCGGCUCCAGCAGCGCCAAUGGCUUCGAGUUCCACGAGAAUGAUGACGAGGAGUCCUGCUCUUCGGCGGGAUCCGCUCGCGACAUGGAGGUGGACCCACCCACACUGCUGCACACCCCGCAGGCUCGUAGUUUGCUCCUAACCGGAGUCAGCAUCGCCAGCGAUCACAACAACUCUAGUGUGAUGGAAUCACCGCGUCCGGUUUACACGCUCCGACCCUCGGUGGUCAACGGAACCAUCCUAAGGGACGUGCUCUCAAAGGCCUGGCGCUUGGGGCGACCCAUAGGCAAGGGCAACUUUGGCGAAAUCUUCCUAGCCUCCGAUGACACUGUAUGCCCGGCCAGCUCGGAAACAGCCAAAUAUGUGGUCAAGAUCGAGCCGCACUCAAAUGGACCUCUUUUUGUAGAGAUUCACUGUCUGAUCAACACAUCCCAGAGCAAGGACUUAACAGAUGUCGGAGAUCACGCUGCCAACCUGCCAGUCCAACAGACGCAUGCACUCUGCAAGGGACCGCCCUCUGGGAUUCCCAGCUUCAUUGCCUCGGGAACACAUUACUUUGGAGAUGCCCGCUAUCGCUUUCUGGUGCUGCCCCGCUUCGAUCGCGACCUGCACUCGCUGAUCAAGAAUUCGAAGGUGCACCAAAAGUCACUCCUAGUACUUGCUGUACACAUCAUCAACGUUCUAGAGAAUCUGCACGAUAAGGGAUAUUGCCAUAACGACAUCAAGGCCCAGAACCUGAUGGUGUCCAAGUGCAAGUACCUCAGGAAGCAGGUGGUGCCCAAGGGCAAUGGCUACGACGAGCACUACGAGGAGAAGCAGCAGACCACGGACAGUGGCAAUAGCUCGGAGCAGGAGACCAACGAUGAUGACUACUUCCUAAAGAACGAGAAGUUUGCCCUAAAGCGGAUUCCGGAUAUCAAGCAGGAUGACGACGAAGAUGAUGAGGACUUUGAUGACGGUGCCACAUCGAACAGCAACAACAGCAACAGCCUCGACAUCUACCAGACGCCAGUGAACAAGAAGCGAACGGCACGCAAUGCUGUUCAGUUCAGCGGCUCCAAUCCUGUGCGUUCGUGUCGUCGCGAGAAGCGCAACUCCAUGUAUGAGGAGAUGGUCAAGUCGCAUUACCUACGCCCUACGAAGCGUAUCAGUUACCGCGAGGAGUUUAACGAGCAGGGCGAUCCCAAUCCCGCAGAGGAAAACAGCGAUGAGUCGCCGGAGUCGUCUGAUAACGAGUCGGAUGAGUUCAUCCCGCCCCCCGCACGCCGCACGGCCACAAAAAGAGGCAGGGGGGCUCAGGCAGCCAGUUCCAAGAAAAAUGUGGUUUCAACACGUGCUACCCGGCACCAAGAGAAACUAAAGAAGGAGCCCAACGGUGACCACAAAGUGCGUAGCAGGGGCAACCGGCACGUGGACAGCAACCCCACUGAGUACAAGUUCCUGCCCGUAGAGGAGGAGCAUGUUUUCCUCAUCGACUUUGGCCUGGCGUCCAAGUACCAGGAUCGCGGUGUCCACCGCCCGUUCAUCAUGGAUCAGCGAAGAGCGCAUGACGGCACGCUGGAGUUCACGUCACGCGACGCCCACCUGGGCGCCCAUUCGCGGCGCAGUGAUCUGGAGUGCCUGGGCUACAACCUGCUGUACUGGUCCGAGGGCUACUUGCCCUGGAAGGACGUGGCUCAACAGCAGCAGCAGGAGAAAGUGCACCGCGCCAAGGAGCUCUUCAUGACGGACGUGCCCGAGAUGCUGCGUCAGUUCUACGGUAAGCAAGUUCCUAAGUAUCUGGGCGAGUUCCUGCAGCAGAUCGGUCAGUUGGCUUACCAGGAGCGACCCAACUAUGAGCGCUACCGAAAAAUCUUCAAGCGCGAGUACCAGCGCCUGGGUCACGAUGCCAGUCAAAUGCGUCUAAGCAGCGAAGAGAUCCUGCGCACCUGUGUCUCCGCCAAGGACGUGGUGGAUGGCAGCAAGUGCGACAUCUUCGAGCUGAACAACAAGAUAUCCACCAAUGUGAUGCGCAACUCAACGUUAAGCACCCCGUUCCAGGAGCACUCGCUCACGAAUCGCGUGUCGCCCAAGAAUCUGCGUUCCAAGUCGAAUAAGAAAACGACGAAAAAGAAGUUUUCGUGGGCGGAGGUCCUCUCCCAGGAUCCCGAUCAAAUAGCCCGCGAACGGGCGGUGAAGGAGUUUGAGCGAGAGGAGUCCAUCUGCCCGCUGGAAUCCCGUCUUCCAAGGCGCUACGAGGGCAAGCCCACCUACGCGAUACUGGCCAUGGAGCAGAGUCGUCGCGAAAAGGGUUUGGUUGUCCAGGAGCAUAAUGACGAGGUGGACGAAGAUGAUGAGGAUGAAAACCAGGAAGCGCAGGAUAAUGAGAGGGAGGAGGUGGAAGAUGAUGAGGAGGAUGCAGAAAGCGACGAAGGCGAGGAUGAAUCGGAAGGUGGAACAGAGGAGAGCGACAGCUCCGAGCAUUCCCAGAAAGUUGCCCGUGGUCGCCCUAGGGGCGCUACCCGCAAGCGAACCACCAGCAAGCAAAACCAGGUGCAGCAAAGCCAACCGCCGCCGAAGGCAAAAGUGGGGCGUCCGAGCAAGAACUCGGCCGUCAUCAGAUUCGCCACGGGCGCUGUGAGCAAAGGCCGCUCCACGCCGCUGUCGGCGGUGGCCAGUAACAAACGUGGCUGCGCCACACGCAAGGAGAACUCCACCAUGGCCUCGGCCACCGGCGAAGGGGAGCGGAAAAUGAAGUCGAGCCGCACGCGCAGAGCUCUUUAUAAGACUGAACCCAAACACGGCGAGCACGACGCGGAGAACAACUCGAGCCUGCUGGAAGUGCAGAAUCUGUACGGCGAAUACGACGACGAGAACAACUACGGCAAGGGGCGCGGUGUCCACUCGUCCAGGCACUGUCGCAAAUGAUUGCCAGAUGACAGUUAGGAAUUAGGAAACUAGGGACGAUAAAUAGGAAGUCGACGGACAAGGAACAACUGAACAGAGAAGCAGAACAGAAGAAACUAAAUUCGUUGUCAAGUAUUUUUAGUGGUAAUUAAGGUACGAACAGGACAGAACCUACUUACAUGCAUACUUCAGACCUGACGGCAGGCGAAGCAUGGAAUCGAGCUAGUUAGACCGACUUCAUGAUGUGUACUUUUGGUUUUUAAAUAUUAAAUUGAUAGGUUUUCGUAAGUUUUUUGGAUUGGCUCCACAUGGAAGAUGUUGUUGAAUUAUCCAUUACGCAAUGUAGUCCCCAGUUGUAAGAGAUGUUUAUGUGUUUGAACGGUGUUCAGGAGCAGUGCACCGUUGGCCUUGAUAGCAAAUCCUUGAUUUUUAAAUUCUAUUUAAUAACUUUGAAAUUUUAUGUUAGUUUGGUUAGAUUAUAGGUUAUACUAUAGACCAGAUUUACGCCCCGUUUCACCCACAUUUCAUGCAGCCAGGUACAUACUCUCCUCAAAAAGUAUUUAAUAUAACUAGAUAAUGGUUAUUUCAUAAACAUGAUACAAUCUAAGCUAGGCUAUGCGUGUAUAAACAAGCAGUGGAAAUAAAUAAAUUAGAAUUAUAUUUCCUUAACUAUUAA